UUUUUUACCGUUUGAUUCCGCCGCGGCUAGCCCGCUGAUAUUGCGUGAUAUUUUUAGAAUUUCGAGUUUAAGAAAGCGUGCCUAAAUCAAAAUGGAUGAACAAUUGAAGAACUUCUUCGACUUUUCCAAGGAUUUCGUGCGAGAAGAAGCCCCGCGCGGCCAUGUUUCGGGCGAUGUACACGCUUUUGAGACAGAUUCUCACGAAUCAAAAAAGCCCAUCAAACGCGAGAUUAUCGGCAAAGACUAUGUGAACAAAUAUGUCGAAAAAGAGAAGGAGCGUAUGGAUGGGUUGUUAAGUUGUGAUGAAAUGGCGGCAAAGCGUAAUAAGACACUCGACGACAUUGACAGCGAUGAUGAGAACGAAGCGUUUCCCGACAUUCGCACCGAUGAAGAGUUUUACGACAAGUACAAUUUCAACCUGAAUCGUGACAAGGGUCUGCCGAUCUACGCAAAACGUGAGGAGAUCAUCAAUGCCAUUAAUGAGAAUCCCGUUGUGAUAUUGAAGGGUGAGACGGGUUGCGGCAAGACAACGCAGGUGCCACAAUAUAUUUUGGAUGAGGGUUUCAAGAGCAAACAAUACUGCAACAUUGUUGUAACACAGCCUCGCCGCAUUGCCGCCAUGUCCAUAGCGAAUCGUGUAUCCCAAGAGCGCCAGUGGCAGCCGGGCACCGUGUGCAGCUACCAGGUGGGCCUUCAUCGACAGCGCAGCGCCAUGGAAGACACACGACUUCUAUACUGUACCACGGGAGUGCUGCUGAACAAUCUUAUUACCUACAAGACUCUCACUCACUACACCCACAUUGUGUUGGACGAGGUGCACGAGCGUGACCAAGACAUGGACUUCCUGUUGAUCGUGAUACGCCGCCUUCUGGCCACAAACUCGCGUCACGUAAAGAUCAUUCUGAUGUCGGCGACCAUUGAUCCACGCGAGCUAUCCGAUUACUUUGCCACCAAGAGCUCCGUGCCGCCCAUUAUCUCCGCCAGCCCUGGACGCAACUACACUGUGAACAAAUACUAUCGCGAUCAAUUGCACGCCGUUAACUGGGAGGGCCACAUGGAGGAUAUAGACAGUCCAGGCAUUAGCCAUCAAGGCUACAGAUCAGCGAUUAAAAUCAUUUUGGUCAUCGACAACAUGGAGCGCAACGACAAAGUUACCGGCAAGACCUACCAGCAGGCCUUGCGCGAGGGUUCCGUUCUCAUCUUUCUGCCAGGCAUUGGGGAAAUCAACUCCAUGUGCGAUACGCUCAAGGAAAUGCUGAAACAUGAUCCCAACAUGAAGCUCAAUAUGGUGCGCUGCCAUUCCCUGAUGACGCCCGACGAUCAGCGGGACAUCUUUGAUCCAGCACCGCCGGGCUAUCGCAAGAUCAUAAUGUCCACCAACAUUGCCGAGAGUUCCAUUACCGUGCCGGAUGUGUCAUAUAUUAUUGAUUUUUGCCUCGAGAAGGUGCUGGUCACCGAUACGUCCACAAAUUUCAGCAGCCUGCGGCUGGCGUGGGCCUCGAAGACCAAUUGUCGCCAGCGCGCCGGACGCGUUGGUCGUCUGCGGAAUGGUCGCGUUUAUCGCAUGGUCACCAAAUCAUUCUACAAUCGAGAGCUCUCGGAGUAUAGCGUGCCGGAGAUGCUGCGCAAGCCAUUGCAGAACUGUGUGCUCAGGGCCAAAGAGCUGAAGAUGGGCACACCGGUGGAGCUGCUGGCCCUGGCCCUGUCCCCGCCCAAUCUGUCGGAUAUUUGCAACACCGUGCUGAUGCUCAAGGAAGUGGGUGCCAUGUACCCCACCGUCGAUGGCGAUUACGAUCCCAUGGAUGGUGACAUCACCUCUUGGGGCAGAAUUAUGUCCAAGCUGCCGCUAGAUACGCACCUCAGUAGGAUGAUAAUUUUGGGCUAUGUAUUCAAUCUCCUUGAGGAAACGAUCAUCAUCGCCGCUGGCUUGAGCGUGCAUGGCGUUUACGUAGAUGGCCGGACAUCUAUGAAGGCCGACACCUACUGGAUGCAUUAUGUCUUUGCCGACGGCUCUGGCUCCGAUUUGGUGGGCAUUUGGCGCAUGUACUUGACCUACCUGAACAUGUGCGAGAAUGGAAUGGUGAAGGAUGCGUCUAAGCAGUGGGCCAAUCGCUUCCAUCUCUCGGUGCGAGCGUUGAGCGAGAUGCAUUUGCUGGUGCAGGAGCUGCGCAGUCGCUGCAGUAAACUUUCCCUGGUGCCGAUUACCUACCCCACCCGCCACAUCUCCGAUGAUCGCGAGAAAGCUCUAAUGCUCAAGGUGGUCAUUGCUGGUGCCUUCUAUCCCAACUACUUUGUGCAAUCGAAGUCAACGCCAGGCGCUGAACGGGGUAUGUAUUCGGUGAUCGCUGGAUUGGAUCCAUGCCGCACCGUGUACUUCACCUCGUUCACGGACCGCACCAUGGGGGAGCUGUACACGCGCAAAAUCAAGGAACUGUUCCUCGAGGCAAAGAUACCGCCCGAAAACAUUGAGGUUACCUUUGGCACAGGCUCGGAGAAGGUUUUUGUCACCUUCAAGAAUGAUGGCUGCAAGCCCGAAGGCUCCACAUAUAUCCAUGUCCCUGGGCGCAUCAAAACGGAGGUCUACAAAGCACUAAGACUGCGAACAUUGAUCGCUCAGCGCUCAAUUCUUGUAAUGGAACCAAGAAGUGCCCUGAAGUAUGUGCAGAACAACAAGAUAGGGCAGGUCAUUGAGGGUCGUUGGAUUCCCCCAUCCAAGCCUGUGGCUGUGGAGCUGCUGGCUCUGCCGUCUGUCUUCGACAAGAAUAUAGUCGGAAGGAUUACAAAAAUUGUGAGCUGUGGCAAGUUCUACUUCCAGCCGGAAUCCUUUGGUGACUGCAUUGCCAACAUGUCGGAACAUUUCAAUGAUCCGCGGCAGCUGCAAAAUCAUGUAAAAAAUGCGGGCACCAUCACCAAGGGGCUGCUGCUGCUGGCCAGGCGUCAGGGCGUGUACCAGCGAGCCACUGUGAUUCGUGUGGAUACCCUGAACAGUCGUCAUUUGCUGUUUUGUGUUCGCUUCGUUGACUACGGAGAUAUUGAAAAGCUGCCCAUGGAACAGCUGCGUCUGAUGUCCCCGGAAUUGUUGCAGCAGUACAGAGAUUUGCCACCGCGCGUGUUCGAGUGUCGGCUGGCCCUGGUGCAACCCUCAUCGAUGGCCAGCACAUUUAAUGCCUGGCCCCAACAGGCUGACGAUAUGCUCCAUGCCAUGGCCAAACGCGGACGCGUUCAACUCGAGAUCUACUCGCUGGUGCAGAAUGUGGCUGCAGUCAAGAUACAAUUGCAGGAGGGAUACCUCAACGAUCUGUUGGUUGAGCAGAAAUUCGCACGUCGCACCGAUGAGGACUACAUGUCCCGCAUGGAUCAUGAUUUUCGGUUGCGCAAACAGGAGUCCCGCGGCUACAUAUCACAUCAAGAGAGGCAGCAGGUGCAUGAAGAGUAUCUGCGCUCGAAGCAGCUGCCGCAGGAUAUGGACUUGGCUCCGCCACCGCCACAGGAGUGCACCAAACUGCUGAAACUCAAGGGUCCCUUCAGCACCCUAGAAUCGACCAUAUACUGCACCAUGCGUUCGGGUCUCAGCAAGACGAUAAAAGUGGAUCCUGGCUCGGUGAAUUUUGUGCUUCUGGACUCUGAACCCCAAGAUCAACACGACAAGAUGAUUGUGGCCGCUACCAUGAACGAGGCUGGCCCAAACGGACGCAUUUUGAAUCUGCGGGGCACCAGCUUAAUGCCCAACAUACCCGGCUUUGCAGCAAUUAUGACCAUGAUAUUCUGCCCAUGUGCACAGCUUAAAGCCAACAAGACACACAGCCGCUAUGUGGCAAUAUUAGCCGGGCUCGGGCAUCAUUCGGAAACAAUGCAACCUUUCUACGAAGAUCAUGAUAUGGUUAUUAACUUGGAUGUCAAGAUCGAUGAGGAUGAUGUUACCCUGAUCAAUGAAAUUCGCUACUACAUUGACAGCACGUUCUUCAACCUUGAUGGUGCCUUAUAUCCAUCUGCGGGUUUUACCGAUCGCAUUUUAAUAUAUAAUAAACUGUAUUCCGCACUCAAUCGACUUUUGAACAAAAAUCGAAGCUUCAUUGAGUCACAUUCGAGUAAUUCAGACUUUGAGUGGCAAAAGAUGGAGGAGCAACGUGUGCCGGAUCGUCAGCCCUAUGGAAAACGUUCCAUAUUCCCCACACACCAAACCAUUCUCGAGCUGCGCAAUGAGACCAAUGACACUAUCGUUCCACUGAUUGAGAACUGCAAGGAGUUGCACAAUUAUCGGAAUUUUGAAGGCACCUUCGAUCCGAUGACCUGCAGGCUGUGCAAGCAGUCACUGGAAACGGUGCCAGAGCUUCGUAUGCAUCUGCUCACCCAGCUGCAUCUUGAUCGUGAGCAACAGAUCGGCUUCCGCAUGGACUAAGGGACAAACAUUUUCACAUUUAUCCAACAUUUGACACAUUCUAUUUUGACUUUAUAGGCAGCAGAAGCUAUUAUUUUUCCAUAAAUGAAUAUGGUCUCUAGUCCUAUGGAUUAGUAUUAUUAUUUUUAGUUUUUUUCACAUUUAAAAUUCAAUUUAAAAUGUAUUUUUCGACUGGAAACAUUCACAUUUCGAUAGGAAAAAUAGAUGCAUUUAUUUGACUACAGAUUAAUAGAAAUCUAAGACAGAUAACUGAUAUGAGUUAGUUCAGGAUAAUGUAGGAUUAACUAAAGAAUUCUCAGGAAUAUUAAUUUGAAAUGUAUCUUUCGAGGGGUGCAUUGCUGAACGUAAUUCAUGUUUCGAUUGGAAAAAUCGAGGAAUUUAUUUGAUAACAUUUGACAACAGGUUAACAGAAAUAUAAGAUAGAAAGUUGAGAUGAGUUAGUUAACUUUCAGGAACUAAAGAGUUCAGGAACAUACAAUACAGUCUUCCCGCACAGAUGGCAAAACGAAAAAUUCUAU